GAGAGACAGCUUACACACGCCUUCCAGUCCCUCCACUCAGAGCAGCCCGGGAGACUGUUGCUGCCGCCGCCGCUGCCACUAUCGCUGCUAUUGCUUUCGCUGCCGCUGCCACCUGAGGCGGUCGCCUGGACUUGCCGACCCCCUUUGCCGCCGCCAGCGAUUCCUUCCUAGCACCUGGGCUUUUCCUGCACACUGCCCUACCAUUAUUAUUAUUAUUCCAAGAGAAGGAAAAUAAAAGAAGAGACCAGCCCCAAAGAACCACGUACACCUUUCCGAAUUACUCAAGUGUCUCUGACGAAAAGAGGGUCGCCCGGCCGGGGAGAAGCAGCUCAAGGGAGCCGAGGAGGGGGUGUUGAAGGUGAGGGAGGAGGAGUUGGGGGCACUGCCUGGUGGAAAGUUGCGUGCAGCGGAGACUAAAAGGUGCAGCGCCAUAGCCCAGGAGACAGUGUGCCUGGGAGAAGCCGCUGUCUCCUGUGUCUUGACUCACGAGCGAACCGGCAGCGCGGGGUCCGGGACGACGCCCCCCUCCUGCGGCGCGGACCCUGUCGGUGGCCCCGGAGGAGGAGGAGGAAUAUGGCAUCGAAGGCGGCCCCCUCCUGCCGUCUAGUCUUCUGCCUCUUGAUCUCCGCCGUCGUCCUCAGACCAGGCCUUGGAUUGUACACUGUAAAUUCAACAUAUGGAGAUACCAUUAUCAUACCUUGUCAAGUCGAUAUACCUCAGAACCUCGUGUUUGGCAAAUGGAAAUAUGAAAAGCCCGAUGGCUCCCCAGUAUUUAUUGCCUUCAGAUCCUCUACAAAGAAAAGUGUGCAGUAUGAUGAUGUACCAGAAUACAAAGACAGAUUGAGCCUCUCAGAAAACUAUACUUUGUCUAUCAGUAAUGCAAGAAUCAGUGAUGAAAAGAGAUUUGUGUGCAUGCUAGUAACUGAGAACAACAUCUUUGAGGAAUCUGCAGUAGUCAAGGUGUUCAAGCAACCAUCUAAACCUGAAAUUGUAAGCAAAGCACCAUUUCUGGAAACAGAUCAGCUACAAAAGUUGGGUGACUGCAUAUCAGAAGACAGUUAUCCAGAUGGCAACAUCACAUGGUACAGGAAUGGAAAAGUGCUUCAACCCCUUGAAGGAGUGGUGGUCAUAAAUUUUAAAAAGCAAAUGGACCCAGUAACUCAACUCUAUGCCAUGACUUCAUCCCUGGCAUACAAGACAACCAAGGCUGAUAUACAAAUGCCAUUCACCUGCUCUGUGACAUAUUAUGGACCAUCUGGCCAGAAAAUGGUUCAUUCUGAAGAAGCAGUCUUUGAUAUUUACUAUCCUACAGAACAGGUUUCAAUACAAGUGCUGCCACCAAAAAAUUCCAUCAAAGAAGGGGAUAACAUCACUCUUAAAUGCUUGGGAAAUGGCAACCCUCCUCCUGAAGAGUUUUUAUUUUACUUACCAGGACAGCCAGAAGGAAUAAGAAGCUCAAAUACUUACACAUUGACAGAUGUGAGGCGCAAUGCAACAGGAGAGUACAGAUGCUCCCUGAAAGAUGAAAAAACUAUGGUUGCUUCAACAGUCAUCACGGUUCACUAUUUGGAUUUGUCCUUAAAUCCAAGUGGAGAAGUGACCAAACAGAUUGGCGAUGCCUUGCCUGUAUCAUGCACAAUAUCUGCUAGUAGAAAUGCAACUGUGGUAUGGAUGAAAGAUAACAUCAGGCUUCGAUCUAGCCCAUCAUUUCCUAGUCUUCAUUAUCAAGAUGCUGGAAACUAUGUCUGUGAAACUGCUCUGCAAGAGGUUGAAGGGCUAAAGAAAAGAGAGUCAUUGACUCUUAUUGUAGAAGGAAAACCUCAAAUCAAAAUGACAAAGAAAACUGAUCCCAGUGGACUGUCUAAAACAAUAAUUUGCCACGUGGAAGGGUUUCCGAAGCCAGCUAUACAGUGGACAAUUACCGGCAGUGGAAGCGUCAUAAACCAAACUGAGGAAUCUCCUUAUAUCAAUGGCAGGUAUUAUAGUAAAAUUAUCAUUUCCCCUGAAGAGAAUGUUACAUUAACUUGUGCAGCAGAAAACCAGCUGGAGAGAACAGUAAACUCCUUGAAUGUCUCUGCUAUAAGUAUUCCAGAACACGAUGAGGGAGACGAGAUAAGUGAUGAAAACAGAGAAAAGGUGAAUGACCAGGCUAAGCUAAUUGUGGGAAUCGUUGUUGGUCUCCUCCUUGCUGCCCUUGUUGCUGGUGUCGUUUACUGGCUGUACAUGAAGAAAUCAAAGACUGCAUCAAAACAUGUAAACAAGGACCUUGGUAAUCUGGAAGAAAACAAAAAGUUAGAAGAAAACAAUCAUAAGACAGAAGCUUAAGAGAAAAAUUUUGCUAGUUGUUGUCCAGAGAAAAAAAAACCAUAUAGACCAAUUGAAGCAUGAACGUGGAUUGUAUUUAAGACAUAUACAAAGACACUGGCAGCAAUUUAUGGUUCAAGUAUUAAGCAAUUCAUUCUACAAAGCUGUCACAGGAUUUUAGAGAAUUAUCUCAAGUAAAACAAUGAAAUGAAAUUACAAACAAUAACAAGAAAUUUUGGCAGCCAUGAUUAUAGGUCAUAUGUUGUGUUUGGUUUGAUUUUUCUUUCUGUAAAUGUCUGCACUGAGGAUUUCUUUUUGGUUUGCCUUUUAUGUAAAUUUUUUACGUAGCUAUUUUUAUACACUGUAAGCUUUGUUCUGGGAGUUGCUGUUAAUCCAAUGUAUAAUGUAAUGUUUUUAUUUCGAUUGUUUAUAUGGGUGAUCUGAGCAGGUACACUUCUGAUUCUGAUUGCUAUCAGAGUAACCCAAACUUUCUCACAAGUACCUAAAAACCCAAAGGUGGCAGCUUGUGAAGGUUGGGGACAUACACAUUGCGCUAUACGAAGCUGUGAUUUUUAUCACAAGGGAGGGGCAUGGCAGAGAGUUAGAUCGAAAAACACCAUAUGAGCUUAUUCUAUGUAUGUGCCACCAGCUGAAUCUCAGCAGUGAAAUCCCAUGUGCAUAUGGACACACAUACAUAAAAAUGAUUCUCCCAAACUGAUAAUGUUGCCUAUUCUGAAAAAAAAAGAAUAGAAAAAAACAAAAUUUGAGUAGCACUUACCUUUAAAGACACCUGCUAGUGAAUUAUGCUCUGUCAAAAGAAAAAGCAGACCAAUAUGUGAAAGACAGUUUGGAAAAAUCAUUCACAUUUUCAUAAUUCACAAUGUAAAUCACUGUAAUUAAAAAUUGGUGUUAAAUCCUUUGGGUUAUCCACUGCCUUAAAAUUGUAACUAUUUCCUUUUAAAAAAGGUAUCAGUCAGAAUUGGAGAUUUUUAACAGUGGUCAUUAUCAAAGCUGUGUUCUUUUCCACAGAAUAUAGAAUAUAUAUUUUUUUCGUGUGUGUUUUGUUAACUACACUACAGAUAUUGAAUGCACCUUGAGAUAAUUUAGUGUUUUUAACCGGUACAUAAUUUAUCAAGCAGUACAUGAAAGUGUAAUAAUAAAAUGUCUAUGUAUCUUUCGUUACAUUCAAAUUUGUAACUUUAUAAACAUGUUUUAUGCUUGAGGAACUUUUUAGGGUGGUAGUAUAAAUGAAAACUUUUUGAAGUAGACAGGAUAUGGGGCAAUAGUUAACUGGAGAUUAGACUUUUAAACUUUGCUCUGUCAAGCAGAAGCCUGGUUUCUGGAAGAACAUUGCACAGCCAUUUUUGUCCCAGAAUAUAUAUAACUUUAUAUAAAGAAAAAAAAAUGAACAUCAGAUUUCCAAGUAUAGAACUGUGUUCUUUGUGAGAAAAAAAAAAAGAAAACUGGUGUUUGUUUUUUAGACUGAUGGAAUAAAGAAUUAUGAAGGCAAUGAAAAAUAAAUUAAAGAUUAAAGUCAGAUGGAGAUUAGGGAUAGUAUUUUGCCAUUUCUGCAUUAUUUAGAAUCAUAUAUUGUACAUUUGUAAACCAUUUAUUGCCUGGGCAGUUGUGACUCAGUUUAAUAAAAGCUUCCUGUAGUGCAUUGUAAUGGAGUAAACACAUAAACUAUCCUAUUAGAAUCAAUACUGUAUAACAUAUAAUGCGAAAAAAGAAAAUAUUUUAUUUUGCCUCUAAACUUUGAUUUACUGAAGUUUUAUUUGGCAAGAAAAAAAAGAUUGAUUCUUGGUUAACACUUAAACCAAAGUGAAAGGGGAGAAACCAAAGUUAUUUGUUUUGCAUGGCUAAGCCAUUCUGUUAUCUCUGUAAAUACUGUGAUUUCUUUUUUUUUUUCUUUUUAAAAAGAAAUUUGAAAAUUUUUAAACACCUGCUUUCCACAAUAAACCAAGACCACUAAAAUGAAAUUACUUCCAUAUAAAUAUAUUUUGUUUUUUUUCUUUUGGUGUGGGAGAUCAAAGCUUCAAAGUCUAAUUCCUAAGAUAUAUUUGCAGAAAGAAGCAACAUGACUAUAGAAAGAGAGGGUUAUACUACAAUUAUUUCUUGGUUUUCACUUGCAAUGGUCAACUAAUUCCAAAAACAGCUGUCAGAACCUAGAGAGCAGAACACUGGAAACGAAACUCAGAGCUCUGGACCGAAAGUAGAAAAUUUGACGGGAAAAAACGGGACAUUAGUACCAUUGAAUCAAUACCUGGAUGAAGAGAAAGGUGAAUUUGUGUAAUGGCAGCCGUGUGCACAAAGAUGUUGGAAGGAAGGGAAUUCACAGACCUCAACUUCUGAGGUUUCCUCUGUCCAAUUUAACUCUUUGGCAAUAGGAGACAGGUUUUGCCAGCUCAAGGUUCAUUCCCUGUCUGUGAUUACAGGAAUUGUAUGUGGAAACGGAUUAACAUUCCCGUCUAUGCCUAAAAGAUAAUAAACUGAAAUAUGUCUUCACAUAUCUCUCACAGCUGUCUUUCUCUUGUCUAAGCUAGAAUGUUCAUGUACAAAAACUGAUUGUCUUUAUUAAAGGGUAGAAAAAAAUAGUGACUUUCCAUCACUAUAGAGUGGGAAUUCAUAAAAAUAAAAUUGUUCAUGCCUUCCUGUCAUAUAUUAGAUGGGCCACCUUAGCUAGUCCUAGAUUCUACCAGUGAUCGGUUCUGUAAUGUAUGUUUCUCUAUCUUCAGUUGACUGCAUCGUACUUAUUGUGUGUAUCCAAUGUGGCUGUUCUGGUAGCUUAAAUAAGAGGACAUUUCCUAUUUCUUCACAUAUGCCAUUAACACACCAUCAGUUUAUCAUUUUGAAUCACUUAGGCAAUGAACUUUCAUGGAAGUGCUUUCCCUUCAAAAUAUGGCUAAACCAGCAGUAUAUCAGAGAAAGACAUUUUUAACAUCUCUUGAACCUGUACCACAUGUCAGAGCCAUACAUACUAUCUUAUUUCAUCCUUAGUAAUUAUAAAUUAUAUUAAAUAGCCCUCAUUUAACAACUGAAAACUGAGGUUCGAAGAGGUUCCAUAACCCUUAAGUGCACUUACCUUCCAAGUAGAUGAGUUGGGUAUGAAACCAGGUCUGACUGAUUCCAAAGCCCAAGCUUGUACCAGUUGACUAUAGCUCCCAAACUGCCUCUAAAGAAAUCUUCCUUUUCACAAUAUAGAGAAUUGGGAAAUAAUAAUUGGCACAUAAAUUAGUUGUACCAUCUAUAAUGAUUUAUUGCAAGAUGCUCAAGUAACAUAAUAGGCCUCAUGGUAUAAUUUUUCAACUGCAUUUGGAUUAUAUUAAUUAUAUAUCAAAUUAUAUAGACACACACACACAUAUAUAUAAUAUCACAUUUCACACAUGCACAUUGUGCUGGUUUGAAUCUGAUAUGUACCACAUAAAAGACCAUGUUCUUUUAAUCCAUUCUUGUGGGGGCACACCUAUUAUGGGUGGGACUUUUGGUUAGGCUAUUUCAAUUGAGAUGUGAACCAGCCUAUUGAAAAAGGGUCUUAACCUUUAUGAAAAGAAUAAAAGACAGUAAAAAAAAAAAAACAAAAAACAAAGA